AUGGUAGGUGCAUUGUGUGCAAUGGAAAGUUUACAAAAAGUCGUUAGCACAAAAUGUAUAUUUUCCAAGAGGGUUUCUACACCACCAAAAGAAGAAAUCACGGACGCAACAAACAUGGACGUGGUCAUGUCAAGCCAGUGCGGUGUUCCAACUGCGCUCGAUGAUAAAGCAAUUAAACGCUUCACUGUCCGCAACAUGGUCGAGAGUGCUGCUGUUCGUGAUAUUACUGAAGCAUCUGUCUAUGAAGAAUAUGCCCUCCCAAAAUUGUACAUUAAGUUACAUUAUUGCGUUUCUUGUGCGAUUCACUCUCACGUUGUUAGAGUUAGAUCACGUGAAGGUCGUCGUAAUCGUGCACCACCUCCAAGAGUUCGCUAUAACAAGGAUGGCAAGAAAAUUAAUCCCAAUGUCACACAAAAAGCUAAAAAGCAAAAACUCUUAAUGAAAAUUGAUUUCGAAUUAUUUGUGAGCAUGAUAGAAUUACCGGAUUUCCAUUUAAAUGUUCAAUGUGCAACCACUAUCCAAGGCUCUAAGAAAAAUAUCAUUUAG